AACUACUCAUAAACAACUCACAACAAAAAAUAAAGGAAAAGAAAUAAACAGUCCGUCUUUCUCCUACUUCAUACACAUGAUUUUACAUCAUCGGUCAAUGUUCUUCGAGCUUAUCCAACCACGUAGUGUAUGUUUCUAGUAUAGAAGAUUUUAAUACGGAGAAAAACGUUCUUUUCACCCCGACCCUCUGUUGCUGUUGGUUGACAGUGAUUUGGGACUUGAAAGCGCCCAUCUUUUCAUGUCCAUUGACACUGAUUGUUGAUACAUCACUCGGCUUGCUCAUCUCCUCUUUUGUAGCUUUAUUCCAUUCUCUCAUCUUCUAUUUCUUUAACUUUUCUCAAGCACUGUGUUGAAGAAAUACCAGACUUGUGCUGCUCAGAGAAGGAGCGUGUGUUUGAUAAUGGGGUCUUUGGGAGGUGAAACUGCGAAAAAGAAGGCAAUGUGGCUCUAUCCAAAGGUUUUGGGAUCCAAUCCGUCCGAGAGAUGGGGGCAUUCUGCUUGCUGUUCUCCUGGGGUUGUUUACGUGUUUGGGGGAUGUUGUGGGGGUUUGCAUUUCAGUGACGUCCUUGCGCUGCAUCUGGAUUCAAUGGUUUGGAACACUCUUGUAACCACGGGUCAAGGACCCGGCCCAAGAGACAGCCACAGUGCUGUUCUUGUGGGGCACAGGAUGAUAGUGUUUGGUGGUACAAAUGGUUCUAAGAAGUUGAAUGAUCUUCAUGUGUUAGAUCUUAAAUCCAAAGAGUGGAUACAACCUGAAUGUAGAGGGACUCCACCAUCCGCCCGUGAAAGUCAUACUGCCACGCUUAUCGGAGAUGAUAAGAUGGUUAUAUUUGGGGGUAGUGGAGAAGGAGAAGCAAACUACUUGAAUGAUUUACAUGUUCUAGACCUCAAGACUAUGAAAUGGACUUCUCCUGAGGUGAAGGGUGACGUACCUGUUCCUAGGGAUAGUCACGGUGCGGUUUCAUUUGGUAACAAGCUUUUUGUUUAUGGUGGGGACCGUGGUGAUCGUUAUCAUGGUGAUGUAGAUAUGCUUGAUAUGGAGACACUGACUUGGUUAAGGUUGGCAAUUCAAGGAUCCUCGCCAGGUGUUAGAGCAGGUCAUGCUGCUGUGAACGUUGGGACAAAGGUCUAUGUCAUUGGAGGGGUGGGAGACAAACAUUAUUACAAUGAUGUUUGGGUCCUAGAUGUGAGUACUUGUUCAUGGACUCAGCUUGACAUAUGUGGCCAGCAACCACAAGGACGCUUUUCUCAUGCAGCCAUUCUUACAAACUCAGACAUUGCCAUAUAUGGAGGGUGUGGGGAGGAUGAGCGUCCUCUCAACGAGUUUUUAGUCUUGCAGCUUGGGGCAGAGCACCCCAAUGGCCGAUACAACAUUUCGAUGUGCAAAAUUUUUGGAAACCAUUGGAAUCAAGAGAAGAGAAAUUUUCAAAGAGAAGCAGAAAAUAACGCGAAAAAUGCGCUCAUCAGGAACAAUAUAGCAUUAAUAAAGAGAGCUCAUGAACCAGAAUCAGAGACAAAAGAAUGUUUUGGCUUUAGUUCAGAUAUGUUGCAUCCAAAGAGAAGAAGAACUGCCACUUCAAAGCCGUGGGAGGCUGAAUUGGAACAAGAAGAGCAUUCUCUUUCACUUUCUCAGCAUUCGUCUUCCUCACAAUCUGAUCAAGAACAGGCCUCGCUUAAAAAAUUGAAUGAUUCCAUCUCAAUCUCUCAAGGAUUUCAUUUGUUUAAGCAAAUUCCAACCAAUUACCAAUCUAAGCUCAGAAAUAUAGCCCAAAGAACUCAACAGGAUAUUCAAUUUCUAGGAGAACAUCAAAACCAGCUAAAAUUGGAACAAUGUCUUCAUGUUGUUCCUACAGACCAAUAUUCAGAAGUAGAGCAGACAUCAUUGGGAGGAAGGCCUGCUCAAUCCCUCAUUGGUGCUGAGGUCCGAGGUAAAGUUGAUGGAGCCUUCGAUGCUGGUCUCCUGAUGACAGCAACUAUUGGUGGGAAAAUUUUUAGAGGGGUAUUGUUUGCACCGGCACCUGGAGUUGUCUCAAGAGGAACAAUUCUUGCACAAGAUCCUUCACCUAUGUCAAGCCAGAUUGCAGUUAAUCAACCCUACCCGCAGAACAUAAACCAUUCGGGAUCCUUCAAGUCGUUGCAGCAGGCAAUGAAACAUUCCACCCCAGAUUCCGGUCACAGUUUCAAGCAAGCUCAAGUGGUUCGACAAUAUCCACUCAUUAGAACUGCUCCGUCUUCAACCAAAGAGCUGAAGCUCAGAAGUGAUCUCCAAGGUGUGGUUCUAACACUAGGAGGGCCUGGAAGUGGCCAUGGCAUAUCAUAAACACAUCUGAAUUCCGCAUCAGGAUGGACAUUUGAUCCUUGUAAUUGAAUAAAUUUUGUAACUCGAAUGUUGUCUCUUUCGUGUUUUUUUUUUUUUUUAAUUUUUUGGUUUGAUUAAUUAUUAUUGGUUUUACUUUCUGGCUUUCGGAGUUAGGUAAGUUAGUUGGUCCCCUGUAUCAACCAUUGGCCUAGAUGUUUGUUUCUUAGAUGGUGUAAUGUUUAUAACCAAGACUUCCUUUCUAACGUUGUUAGCGUGCUUUGUUCAGUC